AUGGCUGCCCUCUACGCUCUUCCUCUUCUCUCCUUCUUGUAUUUCCCGGCCGAUUCUCAUGUAGAUGUUUCAGAACGGCCCUUUGUUAUCCUCUGGAAUGCACCAACUAGUCCAUGCUUGGACAAUUAUGGGGUAGCGAUUAACAUUCAAAAUUAUGACAUCAUCAUCAACCAGAACCACUCGUUCCUGGGCUCUGAGAUGGUGAUCUUCUACAACAGCCAGCUGGGCCUGUACCCCUACUACAACCAAGACAAUGAACCGGUCAAUGGUGGUCUCCCCCAGAACAGCAGCCUGGAGGAACAUCUGGAUAAAGCUCAGCAGGACCUGAGAAGCAUCAUGCUUGAUGUAAACUUUAGAGGAGUGGCCGUGGUAGACUGGGAACAUUGGAGACCACUGUGGGAUCGUAACUGGGAGAGAAUGCUACUGUACCAGCAGCGGUCACUACGGCUGGUCAGUCAACGGCAUCCAUACUGGUCAUAUAGGAAGACAAAGAGAGUGGCUAAGAGGCAGUUUGAAGCAGCUGCCCAGGACUUCUUGAAGACCACUCUUCAGCUCGGCCUCAGACAGAGCCCUCGAGGUCUCUGGGGGUUCUACGGUUUCCCUGAAUGUUAUAACUUUGAAUACAAGAACAGCAGUCAGAACUACAGUGGGAGAUGUCCAAAGGAGGAGGUGCAUCGGAACAAUGACCUGACCUGGCUCUGGAACGUCAGCCGGGCCUUGUACCCGCACAUCUACCUGGACAAAGACCUGAAAGGCUCUGAGUAUGUGCGGCCAUUUGUAAGGCACCGUGUGGAAGAAGCCAUCAGAGUGUCAAAGCUGCCAAAGGGCCCUGGGCUACCCGUGCUGCCAUACACCCGCAUAGUGUACACCUACAGCAUGGACUUCCUCACCAAGGAAGAUUUGAUCCAGACGAUCGGACAGAGCGCAGCUCUUGGGGCCGCGGGGAUCAUUUUAUGGGGGAACUUGGACUACAGCUCCAGCAAGGAUUCCUGUCUGGCCGUGAAGCUCUAUGUAGAGGAGACACUGGGUCCGUACCUGAAGAACGUCUCGGGAGCCGCGUCCAUGUGCAGCAGAGCCCGGUGCUCGGGGAGCGGCCGCUGUGUGCGCAAACACGCUAAUUCUGAUGACCACCUGCACAUGGACCCCGAAAUCUUCAGCCUGAAGAAGAGUCCUCAAGGGAAAGGCUACGUGAUCCACAGAAAGCGUGACAGGAAGAUGGCGGACGCCCUGUGGCCACAGUUCCUAUGUCGCUGCUACAGCGGAUGGCGAGGGAGUGACUGCUCACGGAAGACGGCCGAUAAUGGCACAGUCAUCCCAUAAAGCGACCGCCGUAAAGGGAACCAACCUGAAGCCACCGAUGUCCCAUCAUGCAUCACAUUCAUCCGUACGCUUAUAAAUUGUGGGCGGAGCUUAGAUGUCACAUGACUGUAUGCACAGAGGGAAGUGUCAAGUGGGUGGAGUCUAACACCUUCUGGGAAAGAUAGCUGUAACGGAGAUACAAGUCAUGAGCUCAGACUACAGGGGGCACGGUGGGGGAGGGGAGCGGACACGUUAUUGGGGACCCCAUUACUAGCAGCAGGAGCCCUGAGAAGCCAUGAAACCACAGAUGAGGUAGCAGGUAUGGGGGUGGAGGCCGUGUCGGACUGGGCUGCCUAGGGCCCACUGUUAAAAUUCAUUCUGGGGGCCACUGUACAGCAACACAGAGGCAGACGGCAGCAAGACCCUACAAGAUGACUGAUUGUGGGGGGCCGCAACAACUUCAGAAGGUGGGUCCCAGCGAAGAGGAUACUGGCUGGCCGCAUCUGAGGCCAUCCUAACCUUCUGACGCGUCUGUAACAAUAAACUGGAGAUCGGUUAUUUGAGAUUCGGUGCUGUUGGACUGGGGGCCCACCUUUCUCAGGGGCCCACUAGGGGAUUCCCAUGUGGGCCAGUCCGAGCCUGGGUGGAGGGGCCGCACAAUCUAUAUCAAGAAGGACGUAUAUAUGUGUGUGUGUAUCUACAGGUGAAACUCGAAAAAUCUGAAUAUCGUGCAAAAGUCCAUUUAUUUCAGUAAUGCAGCUUAAAAUUAGAAUUUUGUGAAAAGGUUGAAUAUUCUCGGCUCAGUGUCGCCCUCCAGUCGGCUAAUUGAUCCGUACCCCCCGAGCAAAGGGGACCGGAGGUUGUGACUUUGGGGUUUCAUAAGCCGUAAUCAUCCAAAUUAUACCAAAGGCCUGAGAUCUCGCUGCCCGUAAUCCGUCUCAUGUUAGUUUACUUUGCAGGAUCUUCUAAUUUUUCGAGUUUCACCUGUACACACAGUAUAUACGUCCUCCUGUGUAUAUAUAUAUAUGUGUAUGUACUGUAUAUGUGUGUGUGUGUAUGUACUGUAUAUAUAUAUAUGUAUAUGUUCUGCGAUCACUCAAAACCACAGCCAUUGAUUUGUAUAAUAGACUCGGCAUACACAUCCCCUGGACUCGGCCUGGAAGACGGGAUAGGCGGACGCGGCCCGGAGGCACCGGACAGUUCUGUUCACACUCUUGGCAAGUUCAUAAAGAUGAAGUCCCCUUGUGGUUUCGGUGUUGGUUCACACCCGCUGGCGGUUCUGCCUCAGAGUCCAUGAUCAGGCUUCAGGCGUCCGGUUUCCCCUCACACUGGUCUCGGACCUCCGAGCCCAGCACAAGCCUCAGAUCCCAGUACAGAGAUGUUCUCUGCGGAGCCCAGCUGUCUAUUAAAGGCAGGUAGGUGUUCUCAAAACCCGGGUCGGCACAUGAGAUCCAGUCCAGUGUCUGACCCCACCUGGCCGCUAAUCAGCCGCACAGCGCACACUGGGAGGGGCGAGCACUGUGGAGGUCACUGUUAAAGGGGCGAGC